AUGCUUUGUCGAAAUGUUACUAAUGGUAACCCUUUAAUAUUAUUGUGUAAGCUCCGCCCUUAUAGUACGAAAAAUAAUAACAAUAAUUAUGUUAUAACUUCAAUUGAAAAGGAUCAAUUAGCAAAAUUACCAUUCUUUGAUGAAUCGAAUAUAGAUAGAGAUCCUUUAAAAACUGUCAAGAGUAUCACAAGACAACGGAAGCAAUAUUUACAAAAAAAAAAUGAUGUGGUACAGUCAAUCGUCGGAAUAAACUCAAAGGAUCACCCUUAUUUAUCUUAUUCAUUUCAAGGAUUGCCUUCAAUGUAUGAUAACAUUACUAAGAGUAAAUCGCAUGGUAGACUCUCAGUAACUAAGCUGAUGACGAAAUCAUGGUGUGAAUUAAGAUAUGCAUAUGAUGCAUAUUCUAAGAUGGAUAAAAUGACAACCAGAAAUAUUUCUCAGGGUUUGUCAUUCCAUAAAUCUCUAGAGGAUACAUUGAUACCAGAAAAUGUUCCACUAGAUCAAUUUUUGAAAGAGCAAACGAUAACUGGAUUUGAAAAGACUUUACAAUAUAAAUGGAUGGAUACUUUACAAAAGAUUUUAACAUCAUUCACUAAUGUGGGCGAAUGUAGAGAAUUAUUAUGUCAUGGAUAUAUUACUAAUCAAAAGGACUCCCUUCAGGAUGGGAAAUUUGUCACUGAUAUUGAUUUAGAGAAUGAGAAUUUAAUAUUAGUAAGUGGUAUUAUUGACCAUCUGAAAUGGAUUCCGCCUAGUGGGAAUGAACUUUAUUCAAAUUCUCAAUUUGAUUUAUUUGAUGAUAUAUUUAACGAUAAUGAAAUCACAGAGGAUCUUACAGAAAUUUUGUCAUCGCUUCAGAGAGAAAUCCCAAAAAGAAUCAAUGGUUGGAAGUUACAAGUCCGUGAUGUUAAGACAAGACAAACUUUUAAUAUUCCAAAUCAAACAUCUGUGCAAAGAUCAACCAAAUUACAAAUUAUGUAUUAUAGAAAAUUUAUUGAAAUCCUAAGUCUGGACCCUACUCAGACCUAUAACAUGUUAAUCAUAAAUGCGCAGAACAGAAAUUUAGAUAUUGAUCAAGAACUUGAUCCAAUGGCUAUUAUUGCUUUGAUGAUACAAACACCAAUGUUAAUACCUGAUAUGAGAAGGUUAAGAGAUGGAAACCCCAUUGGAUUUGAACAUUAUGAUAACUAUUCAUAUACGUCGCAAUAUGGAAAUAAACCAUUUUUAAUACCAGAAGAUAUUGUCUCUUCAGAAACUAGGGAAGGUUUUCAAGAAUUUGCUACUAUUUGGAAAAAGCCCGUAACAUUAAGAUAUUUUGCUGCACGUCUGGCACAAACAUAUCAUUUAUUGAAUUCCACAUUGUCAGAGGAUUUAUUAGUGGAAUAUUAUUGCCGUGGAGUUAAUUUCCAUAAUUUGCCCUUUAAGAAUAAUGAUGAACAAUUAAUUGAACAUAAUGCCGAUAGAACUAAUUUUCUAUUUGGUAAAAGAGAAGUUCAACCAAUUGAACAAAAUUUAAAAAAUUUCCUUACAUAUUGCAAACAUUGUGAUUAUCAAUCCGUAUGUUCUUGGAAACAUGAAGGUGAAGAAAAAUUAAAAAAUUUGGGAGAUGAAUUGGCACAAAUGUGGCAGAAGGAAAACUCUUUGUAA